UCUCUCCUUUUUUUUUUAAUUUUUUGUCCGCUUGUUUUCAUCUACGCUAACAAUCUCUAUAAAUUUCUUGUUCCUUUAUUGGAUUUCUUUGAUUCUUAGUGCUUGUGGUUCCUUGCUGAAUGCUGAGUAGCAUACUGUAGUGUCAAAUUUAGGCUUUCUUGGAUUUGAAACUAACUCAUUGAUCUUGGGGUUUGAUAUUAAGCAGCAAAGAAGCUUCUGCGCUCCUGGGUCAAGACUCAAGCAGCUCUUGUCGGUGGAAAAUUUUGGGACAUUAAGGACAUUGACUAGUUAGAACUCUUGUUUCUUUCCUUUCAUUGUGAACUAGUGAGAUUGGUGCCAACUUUGGAUCCAUUGAAGCAUGUCGUAGAAAGUAUUUGAAGUUGAGUUGGUAAAGUUAAAACCCAUAUUUUGGUCAAUCGACUGAUGUAGUAUGAGCUCUCCUUCAACUGAACUGGCUUCAUUCAGAAGAAUGGGAAUUUACGAGCCAUUCCAUUCGAUGAGCACUUGGGCUAACAAUUUCAAAGAUAAUGACAGCCCAAAUACAGGCUCAUCCACGGUUGUACAGAUGGAUGCAAGGUUAGAUAACAAGUCGUCUGAAUAUGUUUCUCCUGAACCUGGAGAACCUUCCAGAAAUGAUCAUGAAGCAAACAGAGCCAAUGAUAAGAUACAGAGACGUUUAGCACAAAACCGUGAAGCUGCUCGCAAGAGUCGUCUACGAAAAAAGGCCUAUGUUCAACAAUUAGAAACAAGCCGUUUGAAGCUGGCACAGUUGGAGCAGGAACUUGAGAGAGCUAGGCAACAGGGCCUAUACAUAGGUGGCAUAUCAGAUACUAAUUAUUUAGGAAUGUCAGCAACUGUGAACUCAGGGAUUGCUGCUUUUGAGAUGGAAUAUGUACACUGGGUUGACGAGCAACAUAGACAAAUUUCUGAACUUAGAAAUGCAUUACAAGCUCAUAUUACAGAUAUAGAACUCCGUAUACUCGUAAAAAGUGGUCUUAAUCACUAUAGCAAUCUUUUCCGCAUGAAAGCAGAUGCUGCUAAGGUCGAUGUCUUUUACUUGAUAUCAGGAAUGUGGAGAACAUCAACAGAACGCUUUUUCCAAUGGAUUGGAGGAUUUCGUCCAUCAGAACUUCUAAAUGUGGUCACACCACAGCUUGAGCCCUUGACUGAUCAGCAAAUUGUGGAUAUCUGUAACCUUCGCCAAUCUUCUCAGCAAGCAGAGGACGCUCUCUCACAAGGAGUAGAUAAACUUCAGCAAACUUUGGCGCAAUGCAUGGCAGCUGAGCCAGGUGGUACAGGAAAUUAUGGUUCUCAGAUGGCUGCAGCAAUGGAGAAUUUAGAAGCACUAGAGGGCUUUGUGAACCAGGCUGAUCAUCUUCGGCAACAAACACUUCAACACAUGUCAAGGGUGUUAACUAUUCGGCAAGCAGCUCGAGGUUUGCUUGCUCUAGGGGAGUACUUUCACCGUCUGCGUGCUCUGAGCUCACUCUGGGCUGCUCGUCCUCGUGAACCUGCCUAGUCUACAGAGAGCACCUAGAGAAAACUUAUCUAGGCUUAUAGUCAGUGGUAGUGGUUGCAGCUCAGCUUCAAAUAUAGUGCGUCCUCUUAGAUUUUAUCAGAUCAAAUUUUAGUUUUGCUUAUAUAAAAAUAUAUAUAUAUAUAUAUAUUUUUUGAAGCAGCUUCUUAAAUAUAAACGAAAAGAAAGAUGUAAAUAUGCAUUUCGAUGCUGCUGCAUGUACGAGGAUAGAGUUUAGGUAAAUCAAGCUGUGUCUUCCUGCCUCCCAUGUAGUAAAGAUAACUAGUUUACCUGAAGUCAGGACGUGGUGCCUGAGAGUCCUUUUCUUUCAUUUUGAGCUUUGUGGAUAAUAUAUGAUUCUCAGAAUUCUAAGAAAUAGUGGAAAAAAAAAAAAA